ACCAAGGAUCGCGUCUCCGGGUUCCGGUUCACUCGUUUUACAUUUCCCACGCGGAUCACUUGUACAUACGACGCGUGACCUCGGCCAGAAGUCUAGAUGGUGUGAAAUCCGCGGCCAAGAUGAGAACGAAAGCAACUCUCCUUACCGGUCUGCUGUCGCUCGCGGCCCAGACUGGCAGGGCCGAUCCGACAUGGCCCGCAGCUACCGACCACAUGGAGGAGAUCGUCUUCCAGCUUCAGGGGUUCAAAGGGAGCCUGUUCAACGACAUCAUCACGCCCUGCAACAACGAAGCUGCCGGUCCUGGACGCAUCACGGCGAGCGAAUGGCUGCGUGUGGGAUUCCAUGACAUGGCACCGCACAACCGCUACUUUGGCACAGGUGGACUUGACGGCUCGCUGCAAUUCGAGCUGAACAAUGGCGAGAACACGGGCCCCGGCCACCGCACUACGCUCGAGUUCCUUGCCAACUACUUGUCUUCCAGGUCAAGCCUCGCCGACCUGAUCGCCGCUGGAGUAUACGCCUCGGUUCGCUCCUGCGGCGGCCCCAUAGUUCCCCUGAGACUGGGCCGCAAAGAUGCCAUCACGGCCGGCAGCGCGGGUGUUCCGCAGCCCCAGAACUCGGUCGUUACUUUCAGGCAGCAGUUUGACCGGAUGGGAUUCACCCCCACCGAGAUGAUCCAGCUGGUCGCCUGCGGCCAUACCCUCGGCGCUGUUCACAGCACCGAGUUUCCUCAGAUCGUCCCCGCCAACGUCGGCCAAAUUCCCUUCGAUACGACCAACGCCACGUUCGACAACAGGGUGGCCACCGAGUACGUGUCCGGGAACACCCAGAACCCUCUUGUCGUUGGCGCUUCCAUUGGUGUCGGCCGUAAUUCGGACUUCAAGGUUUACAACUCGGACCAGAACGUGACCAUCACCACCCUGACCGAUCCUGAUGUCUUCCGCGACACCUGCCGGGUCGUGCUCCAGAAAAUGAUCGAUGUUGUUCCCGCCGGUGUCACCCUUACCGACCCCAUCGCGCCGUAUGCCGUCAAGCCGGUCGACAUGCAGCUGACCCUGAACUCGGGCGGCACCACCUUCCUCUUGACAGGACACAUUCGAGUCCGGACCACGGAGCUGCCGGCGAGCUCCAUCAAGAACGUUGUCCUCACCUGGAAGGACCGGAACGGCGGGAACGACUGCGGCUCCUCCAGCACUUGCUCCACGACCUCCACGUUGCAGGGCGUCGCUACCGGAUUUGACGACACCUUUGGAUUCUUCCCGAUUGAGGCUACCAUUCCGGUUGCGUCCGGUAUCUCGUCCUUCACUCUCGUCCUGAACCUCAAUGACGGUUCGAGCAGGACAUACGAUAACAAUGGCAACUCGUACCCCAUGUCUGAUGCCGUUAUCCUGCAGAAGCCACAGAGCUGCCUGCUCCAAGGGCCCGGGGCACUCACUGUCUCUGCUCUUCUCCGCAACGACCUCAGCAACCUCCCAGUUAAUCUCGUGGUCUCGUAUCUAACUCCUCGCAACACCCCCGACGACAACCCAGUUCCGGCCCUGAACGAAGCUACCGUGCAGAUGACGAAGGGCGACUGCGUUGGCCCGUACACUUUCUAUUCAGGCAGUUUCACCAUUCCCGGCGGGCUUAGCUACAAUGCCAGGAUCAGCGUAACCGCUGGUUCGAAUGUCACCGCCUACACUGAUGACUUCAACAAGGCGAGCGAUCUCAGCGGUACUUGCGGCACCUUCACCGGUGGCGCCACCUGUUCCGAUGUUACACCACCGAGUACUUCCUCCGUGACAUCGUCGACUUCCACGUCCUCCAGCUCUGCUAGCGUUACCAGCACCACGUCCGGUUCCAGCAGCUCGACCGCCAGCACGACCGCCAGCACUACCGCCUCCCCGACCCCUGCUGUCAAGCCUACGGUCGGUGGUUACGUUUUUGUCAGUUGCUGGACCGAAGGAACGGGCGUGCGGGCGCUCAGCGGGGCUACUUUCGCCUACGAUGAGAUGACACUCGAAUCCUGCAUGGCCAACUGCACCGGCUUCGAUUACUGGGCCACCGAGUACGGCAGGGAAUGCUACUGUGGCAAUAGCCUCCAUCCCAGCAGCAGUGAGGCCCCGGUUGAGGAGUGCAACAUGGUGUGUGGCGGUGAUCCGACCGAAUUUUGCGGCGCCGGAAACCGCCUCGAGCUGUAUUCGACCACCGCCACCCGUACCACGUCUGCCACUCCCACCCCGACGGGCACGCUGGCUGUCAAGCCGACUGUGGGCGACUACACCUUUGUCGGAUGCCAGACGGAGGCGGCCACCGGCAGAGCUCUUAGCGGGAAGGAGGUAUACGCUGACGACUCGAUGACGCUUGAGAAGUGUGCGACGUACUGCGCCGGCUUCACUUACUUCGGCACCGAGUACGGCCGCGAAUGCUUCUGCGGUAACAGCCUCAACGCCGGCAGCGUUCCGGCUCCCGAGGCCGAGUGCGACAUGGUGUGCGCAGGUGACCCGUUCGAGUACUGCGGCGCCGGAAACCGCCUCGAGCUCUACCGACUCUCGAGCGUAUCCUCCACGGCGGGCCCGUCCUCGGAAGCCGCCACGACCAGCACAACAACAGGCCCCGCCACCUCGACCACGAUUCCCUCGCGGGCCCCGACCGUCUCUCCCUUCACCCACGUCGGCUGCUGGACCGAAGGCGCUGGCGUCCGCGCCCUCGCUGCCAAGACGUACGCUUCGGCCGACAACAUGACCCUCGAGAACUGCGCCGCCUUUUGCACCGGCUACAGGUACUUUGGCACCGAGUACGCCGCCGAGUGUUACUGCGGCAAUGCCCUCGCCGCGACGUCCUCCAACGCCUCGCUCGCCGACUGCUCCAUGCCCUGCUCGGGCGACCCGGCCCAGUACUGCGGCGGGCCCAACCGUCUGGAGCUGUACGAAGACCCUACCGUCCCGCCGGCGCCCACGGCACAGCCGACCCAACCCGCCACCGUCACGGCCACCGCGACCGGCGCGGGCGGCAGCACCACAUGGACGUGGCACGGGUGCAUGACGGAGGCGACGGGCGUGCGGGCGCUCGGGAAGGCUAGCACCGCGUCGGACGAGCUGACGCUGGAGGCGUGCGCGGCCUUUUGCGAGGGCCACGCUUUCUUCGGGGCCGAGUACGGGCGGGAGUGCUACUGUGGCGAUGAGUUCGCCGAGGGUGCCGUCGAGGCGCCCGAGCAGGCGGACUGCUCGAUGCCGUGCGCCGGAGACGCGACCCAGCUGUGCGGCGACGGCAACCGGCUGAGCGUGUACGCCAAGGCGGAGCCGGCAGCGUGAGCGGUCCGUUCGGACCUGGUUCUUUGUAUAUCGUCGCCGAACACGCGUCUUCUUGUAUGUACACACACACUGGGGCGGCUUACUAUAGUGAGACAAGGAGUGGAGAGUAUUGCGAGCGUCUGUGGUAC